CGCAAGCAGUGAAAUAGAGAAGAAGGAGGAGAAGCAGCAGCAAAGGAACGUGGGAGGAAAGUAUUGGAGGUGUUGACCACAUAAGAAGCACUCUUUAAAAAACCUGUCUCGGCGCACACAUACUCAUUCUUGAGUCAGUCAGACGUACCGACAGCUGCAAUUAUGAGCAAUAACCGUAGACACCUGUAUCCUCCGGUGUUCACCGUGAAUACCUCGGGAGGCUUUCCUCAGCAUCACCAGCCUCACCAUCAGCAGGAGGCACAGCAGUGCACCCCUGCUGCCGGGAGGCUCGAGCCAGUCCUGGUGCCCUGCUGGACGUUUCCUCCCGCCCAGGUCCAAGCCAAGAGAAGGAGCUGCCGAGGAAUGACAUCUGCUGGAGGAACUCUCCUGGUCAUGGUCUUCCUGGUGGUGUUUGCUGCACUGGGACUCGGAGCCUACCAGAUCUGGAAGCUACAGAGAGAGCUUGUGCAGAUGAAACAGGAAAUGCAUAUACAGAGUGAAAGCAGAGUGCCACAGGGGCUAGUUGGGACCCAAUCAGAAGACAACAGUAAAACCAAACACACACAAGCUGCACAUCUAAUAGGGAAAAUCCAGAACAAAGCAUCAAAGACCCUGAAUUGGGAGCCAAGACAUAGCCGUGCCUUCACUGAGGGCGUGGUGUACCAUAACGGAGGCCUGCAGGUGAAUGAGUCGGGCCUCUACUUCAUCUACUCACGGGUGGAGUUCCUCUCGAACGUCUGCCAAGCCAGGGACUCCCUGCUCCACACGGUGUACGUGAGAAGAAGCAGACACGUGCUGACACUCAUGAGCGACCACAAGGAGGGCUUCUGCAAGGAGGGUGUGGAUAUGUGGACGGCCGGCAGUAACCUGGGUUCCAUACAGCAGCUCCGGCAGGCCGACUGGGUGCUCGUCAACGUGUCGCGGCCGGCGAUGCUCAGUACCGACCACCACAGCAACUACUUCGGCCUCUUCAAACUCCCCUGAGUGCAGCUUCUUCUGCACCCUGGGAUGGGCUGUUGCCCUGGUGGGGGGGGGGGGACAGGAGAAUGACAAAUCGAGAACGCCGAGGGCGUUUAGGUGUCAAUAGACAUGGAGGGAUCGGGAACUUUCUGAAGAGUUUCAGUCGCCUAUGAUUCUGAAUAGGUCCAUGCAGUACAAUGAGCAGUGUAUACUUAACAUCUGUAGAGUUACGUAUAAAACCAGUAAACCGUAGGCGUUCACGGAACAUCCAUGAGCUUUGUUUGCAAACACCACUGCAACUGACUGUUUGUUGUUGUUUUGUUUUCUUUAUUUUAUUUAAAUUAGAUGUAAAACAGUGACAGACAUCAUUCACCCUAAGUUUGGUACAACUGUCUCGGUGAAGUGCCAAGUGCAUUGAUGGCUGUUUUAUUUCUGUAGUCAUAUUUUCAGCAUCUGUAUUUCAUUUGAUUUCUGUGGUAGCUCAGUGUUUAAGGUCCUUGACUUAUAAUUGGAAGGUUGCCAGUUUGCCACUGUUGGGCCCCUGAGCAAGGCCCUUAACACUCAGUCAUAAUUGUAAGUUGCUUUGGAUAAAAGCAUCUGAUAAAUGCCGCAAAUGUACAUUUCUAGCAUUUUUACUGAAUGUUCAAUGAACACUAAUACGCUCCUAUGUGGAGGAAUUGGUAUUUAUUCCCUUACAAAAAUAUCUUUAGUACACAUGGCUAGAUAUUAUGUCUGAAUGUAUUUCAAUAUAAAUUAUGGUCAUAUUGACCAAAAGAAUGGCAAUGAUAUAUUUUGUUAUU